CCCAAGCGAGACUGAACAGAGAGUGGCGUUGCGGUGGUGCUUGUAGUUGCUCAUCUGUUGUCGCAGUUGCCUAUUUCAGUGUUUUCACAGCCUCUUUUGUCCGUUUAUUAAUAUGAGUGAUAACGAGAAAGACUUCGCGGAGCGGAAAGCAACUUGCCUUAUCAUCCUUGUUUGUUCUUUGUUAAGGUUGAGUUUGGAAGAAGGAAAAAGACUGAAGACGUUUCAGAUGUGAACUUGUUAAUGUUUGAUGCAUGCUAAUGUUUUGGCUGCUGAACAGAAGCCAUCAAGAUCUGAAGCCACUUCUAGUGUUGUAAUGGAUGGUGGUAAAUUGGGCAAGAGGAGGAAAGAAGUCGUAAUGUCAAAGAGAAGAAAGAAGAAAUGAAGUUGUGUUUUGUGAAGUAAUGAAGUAAACGAAGUUGUGAAGUUAAGAUCAGAAGUUGGAAAGGGACUCGAGGCACGGCUCCAGGAGCGUGUCUCCUCGGGGCUCACGGAAAUCAGCCAGCCGUUCUCCAGCUCGCUCUAAGGAUGACUCCCAUCACUCGAGAUCACGGUCUCGCUCGCGAUCCAGAUCUAAAUCAAAGUCCAGAUCUCGAUCUCACCGGAGUUCACGGAGACACCACUCUCGCUCACGUUCUCGCUCUCACCGUCGCCACUCCCACAGCCGGUCACGCAGCCGGGAGUACCGCCGCCGCCGGAGCCACAGUCGCUCCCCCAUGUCAAACCGCCGCAGACACGUUGGCAACAGGGCCAACCCGGACCCCAACACCUGCCUGGGCGUGUUUGGACUGAGUCUGUACACCACAGAGCGGGACCUCAGAGACGUGUUCUCCAAAUACGGUCCUCUUAGUGAUGUCAACAUCGUGUACGACCAGCAGUCGCGUCGCUCCAGAGGCUUUGCCUUCGUGUAUUUUGAGAACUACGAGGACUCCAGAGAGGCCAAAGAGGGCGCUAAUGGGAUGGAGCUGGAUGGGCGCAGGAUUCGGGUGGACUUCUCCAUCACCAAGCGUGCACACACGCCUACACCGGGAAUCUACAUGGGCCGGCCCACCUAUGGUGGAGGCUCCUCGCGGCGGGUUUCCAGGGACUGUGACAGAGGCUACGAUCGCGGGUACGACCGUGGCUAUGAGCGGGAUUACGAUCGUUACGAGUACAGGUCUUACCGGCGCAGAUCUCCAUCUCCGUACGACAGCAGAGGCUACCGCUCUCGUUCUCGAUCCAGAUCCUACUCGCCACGUCACUACUGAGAGCAGCUUCCCUCCUUCAUAGUUUCCUUUGUUGAUGAUGAAUGAAUAGCUCAGUAGUGGAACCAGCCUCCUUGUUAUUCUCAAAUUGGCAUCUGUCCGAGGUCAUUGGUUGGAAUUAUUUUGGACAAACGUUCAGUCCUGAUGGGGGUGUUCUGGAUAUCAAAGGAUCCCAAACUCCCUGAAUGUCGUGGCACCCCAGUUUCCCACUCUUCAGCAUGUUUGACUUUCAGACGGACCCCAGAGUUGGGUGACUAUUCAAGGAACGCUGAACAACAAACUUUUUUUUUUUUUUUUUUUCGCUGGUUGUGUAGUUUUCAAGUCAGUAUCUUCAGUUCAUUUUCCAGAUGGAAGUGUUUUUUCUUUUGCAGUCAAGUUUCUGUUUUGUAUUGUACAUAAUAAAGUAUGUCGAUGGUUAUUUACCAAACAUGAUUCAUUUGUGG